GCAGUAGGUGCGGCUAAAAAGGUGGAGCGUCGGUCUUCUGCUGGCAGUAAGGAAAAAACUCCCUUCGUAACCCCAUUCAGACGUCUGCUUUCCAGCGUGGGAACCCAGUUGAAGAGGACGAGGAGGAAUUUUAACAGCUGGAUAGUUGUUUGGACGACAUUAAGGCGACGAAUUUGUUCGUAUUCGGGUUUACAUAACAGGCUUUCCUGGUCUUGCCACGGUGACUUCUGGUCAUUAGCAUCGCCAGCCGCCUAAAAAUAACAGGCCAGUUUAAUAUUCUGUCUUUUAUAGUCAUAUAAUGUCAUUAUAGUGCGAGUUACAUCGAGUGGUUUCGAGUUUUUCAUUCUUUAGUGGUUUUUUUUUUUUAUCAUUCAGAAAAACAAGUUAUACAACAAACCAGGUUAGAGCUCUGCAGCGAGCAGGGUCCUAAAGCCCGCUGGGUUCACAUCAUCACAUUUUCGCGGAUAACUCACUCCUCUGUGCCCAAAUGCUUCAGCAAUCAACCAUUUAUCAAUUCUUCCACACUAUGGAAAAGGUUCUGUUGGAGCAAGGCUAAUCAAACAUCCGGGCUUUAUUAGUUUUAUCUAACGUGACUUGUUUUCCUGUUUCUUAUUAUCCUGAGACUAAAAACUGUCUGCGAAUUGAAAUAGAGGUCGGGUGAGCUCCUUAAAAAGAAACUGCUGUCAUCGUUCACGAAAGGAAUAACUAAAGGACUCGUCCAGUUGAGUAAUGGUCAUUAAUACGGUCCACUGGUUCCGGAAGGGCUUGCGGCUCCACGACAACCCGUCGCUGAAGGACUCUCUGCUGGGAGCUGAUUCAGUGCGCUGCGUUUACAUCCUCGACCCCUGGUUCGCUGGAUCUUCCAACGUUGGGAUCAACAGGUGGAGGUUCCUUCUGCAGAGUCUCGAGGAUUUGGACUCCAGCCUCCGGAAGCUCAACUCUCGUCUGUUUGUGAUCCGGGGCCAACCCACUGAUGUCUUUCCCAGACUUUUCAAGGAAUGGAAGAUCACUCGGCUAUCUUAUGAGUAUGACUCUGAGCCUUUUGGGAAAGAGCGAGAUGCUGCCAUUAAGAAGCUGGCCUCUGAGGCUGGAGUUGAGGUGACAGUUCGCAUCUCCCACACACUGUAUGACCUGGACAAGAUCAUAGAGUUGAAUGGGGGUCAGUCUCCCCUCACCUACAAGCGGUUCCAGACUCUCAUUAGUCAUAUGGAUCCAGUGGAGCUACCUGCAGAGGCCAUAACAGCUGAGAUCAUGGGCAAAUGCACUACGCCGCUGUCUGAAGACCAUGAUGAUAAGUUUGGGGUUCCUUCUCUGGAGGAAUUGGGUUUUGACACUGAAGGUUUAUCUUCAGCUGUAUGGCCAGGAGGAGAAACUGAAGCCCUCACUCGACUAGAGAGGCACUUGGAGAGGAAGGCGUGGGUGGCCAACUUUGAGCGUCCCAGAAUGAACGCCAACUCACUCCUGGCGAGUCCAACCGGCCUCAGCCCCUACCUGCGCUUCGGCUGCCUCUCCUGUCGCCUGUUCUACUUCAAACUCACCGACCUCUUCAGGAAGGUGAAGAAGAACAGCUCCCCUCCUCUGUCGCUUUACGGCCAGCUGCUGUGGCGUGAGUUCUUCUACACGGCAGCCACCAACAACCCCUGCUUCGACAAGAUGGAGAGCAACCCCAUCUGCGUUCAGAUCCCCUGGGACCGCAACCCUGAGGCGCUGGCCAAGUGGGCCGAGGGCCAGACGGGUUUCCCCUGGAUCGAUGCAAUCAUGACACAACUAAGGCAGGAGGGCUGGAUCCACCACCUGGCCCGCCACGCUGUGGCCUGUUUCCUGACCAGAGGAGACCUGUGGAUCAGCUGGGAGGAGGGCAUGAAGGUGUUUGAGGAGCUGCUGCUGGAUGCAGACUGGAGUGUCAAUGCAGGCAGCUGGAUGUGGCUCUCCUGCAGCUCUUUCUUCCAGCAGUUCUUCCACUGUUACUGCCCAGUCGGGUUCGGCCGACGUACUGACCCCAACGGAGAUUACAUACGGCGUUACCUGCCCAUUCUGAGAGGGUUCCCAGCAAGGUACAUCUACGAUCCUUGGAACGCCCCGGAGGCCGUGCAGAAGGCUGCCAAAUGUGUUAUCGGCGUGCACUAUCCGAAGCCCAUGGUUAACCACGCGGAGGCGAGCCGAAUCAACAUCGAGCGGAUGAAACAGAUCUACCAGCAGCUCUCCUGCUACAGAGGCCUCGGCCUUUUGGCUACAGUUCCAUCCAACUCUAAUGGUUAUGGAAACAAUGAAGCAUCCUCAGAUUUUAUGGCAUUCCCCGUCUCGGCUUCACCCCAGGCUGCAGCUCCAGCAGCCUAUCAGAUGCAUUCACAGGGAGACUGGCAAAGUGGCAUGAUGAUGUACCUGCAGGGGGAUCCACAGAACAGCGCCAGCACACACAAGCAGGUUCCCAGUUAUGCUCCAGCUACCAGCAUGAUGUGUUACGCUCAAAGCAGCACGCAGAUUCCAGGUCCUGGACUGCAAAGAGGGCCUGAGAACCAUGGCGCCACACAGACCGGUGGAAAACGGCACAACGAAGACUCUGGCCAUGGCAGAGGCUCUAAAGUCCAGAGACAGAGCAACCACUAAAGAGGUGUUUCUGCACAUUCUCCUUCAUAUUAUCUGCCAAAUCCUAGCAGACACUAAAGGACUAAAGGUCUACCUACAGCACCACAGUGUUGCAUGAAUGCACCUUCAGGAUGAUUAAAUGCACCCACACACCUGCCCUGAUUAUACAGACUGCAGACUCUGAUGAGGACUGCACAUCCCGGCCGGCGCCGACGAGGCUGCAGCGGCUGACCCGUUGUGCCCAUCUUCGGUUUACUGCUGACAGCGACAAACAUCCUUGUGUAUAUAAUGAAUUUGCUAAUUGCAGGUCACACAUCUUGUACAUAUUUGGAUAUUUUAUGUAUCUUUUCUCUCCUUGUGUAGCCCUAAACCCAUUGAUAUAUUUUUGAUAUGAGAAAACAUGACUGGAUCUUUGUGGAUAGUUCUCAGUAAAUAAAAACCAUUUAAAGACUGUCCAUAGAAAAAAAGACAGAAAAUGCUGAGAAACUUUUGUGUUUGCUAACCAUCAUUUUCCCCAAAGUUUAUUCUUUUUAUAACAAUCUGUCGUAAACAUACAAACAAAAGUUUUUUGGUUGAUCUCAGUACUUGUGGACGUGUCUCAUUCCUUUCCAGUGUGGAGGCAGUAACAUUAACCAUCUUGUUGUUGCCCUUUUUAGUAGUUUUGGAGAAAACGAUCUUUUGCAUCACAGUGACUUUCCUGUAAAAUCCUUCAUAAAUAAAUGUACCACCAACAACA